GUUGGGGAGGCUGAUAAGCAUGAGCAUAAAAUAAAAGGCGAACAGAGAACAAAAUACAACCCGUGUUGGGUUUCAAGUUGUGACUGAACAGUCAAACAAUCCUGCGCCCCGCUCCUAUGCGGGCAAAAGCCAGUGCGCUUCAUAUUCAAUAUUAGUGGAGCCGCGUAGGCACACUGGGAGAAUGAAGGUGGACCGCAAAAGUACCCAGAUACAACUGAGUGAAGAUAUGUGCGACAUUGUUUAAGAUGCAUGCCGAAUCACUUUGAGCAUUUUUCUUACACAGCAUUAGAUUUUGUUAAGAGGACUACAUAUCCUAAUUUCGCUGAUUGGAUGUUUUGUUUUACUUUUUUCGUUUAUGUGCAUCUAAGUUUGCGCACUUCAGUCAACAUAUGUUGACCUUCCGAAGAGUCUUACUUUUUGCAAGCAUUUAAUCUCUGUAAUAAGCAACACUAUUGAACAUGGGCGCUGUUUUUGCACUGAUUCUCGCGACCUGUCUGUGUGGAAUUUGGGGGUGCCAACUUCCCCACGACUGGAGACCCCAGACUGAAGCGUGCAGAGCAGAGCUCGCGGAGAUCAUCGUUUUCGCCAAGGUUCUAGCACUCCACAAGGACUCGUACAGCGUGUACAACUACCUGCCUUGGCAGUACGACACGGAUCUUUUCUUCUCAGCAGAGAUCGAGCUGCUGUGCGACCAGGCAUGGGGCAGCAUGCUGGAGGUGCCCGCUGGUUCCAGGUUUAAUGUUACCGGACUGGGGUACUUUCCCUGCUUCUCAUACAGCGUAACUGAGAACAAUGCUUACUAUUUCUUCCUGCGGAUGGAUGAGAACUACAGCAUCAUUCCCCAUGGGGUGAACUUCCAGGACCCCAUCUUUCCCGACACGCCGGAGAACCACCGCAUGUUUGCCAGCCUCUUCCAGUUUUCCAACUGCACCCCAGGGACCCAGGUGCACACAUACAGCCCGGAGUGGGAGGCCCAGGAGGACAGCCGGCUGCUGUGCUCGUCUGUGCAAAAGGCCCUGUUUGAGGAGGAGGAACGGGUCAAGACCCUGUCUCAGAAGGUGCGUGUCCUGGAGAAAACCAACAACCACCUGCGGGACAAAGUGAAGAACAUGAAGCGGCUCCUGAGGCAGGCCAAGCGCGAGACCAAAGAGCACACCGUGAGCCUCAAGAACUUCCAGGACCCGGCCCUCCUGCAGCCGGACCAGGCCCCCCACCUGCAGCAGGAAACCACCCAGGACGAGAAGAAGCCCCUCAGGAAGACUUUCGCCAAGACGGGGAAGAACUGAGCCUGCUACAGGGACUUAAAAUCCAGAGACAGUGCUGGACCCACCGCUAAGCUUGGGAAAGCUGCAGUAAUCACAUGCAGACACGCUCCACAUAUGUCAAGUGCAGCAGGCAGUAAGAAAACAGCUAGGCUGAAGGCAUGUAUCUGGUAUCCUGCCAUUAGCCAUGGGGGUGGGUGAAAUAGGUCUUUAUUUUACUCUUCUGUUUCUUUUCUGUACAUAGGCCCAUUAGUCCCAUUUUCUCCUCUACCUUAGUAUUGAUACAAUCUGCACUGCAAAAAAAGGUAUUUGCACAAAAAAGACAUUUAUAGUCACUGAUAUAUGCCCCCCCCCCACCCCACCCCUAUUUAGAUUCCCCCCUCCUCUAAAUGUUCCAGUGUAUUUACAAUUAUGCCACUGAGUUUAACCAGUUUAACUGUGUAACUCUAUAUGUAACAUACAGUACAUAUCUUCUGUCUCCUAGAAUUUUGCUUUAAAUUACUGUAACGUAGGUCCACAUUACUCUAACCCGCAGUUAAUCUAUAGAAAGUAACAGGAGCUUUUUAAUGGGCAUGGGCUUGGAAUAAAAUGUGAUUUCCAAGUGGUUUGUCAAGCAAGGCCUCUGCUCCAGUGGCUUAUUCUGACACACUGGUAACCUAACUGUACUCCCAUUUAAGACAUGCAUGAUGGGAAUGUUGCAGUCAUCCAACACUGAUUUUCCUUGUAUGUACUAAGCAGAAAUGGCCGAAUGGUGUCCCGUACGUAUUUCUGCCCUAGCUCAGUGAUGUGAGUUGUUGAGACAGUGAAGGCCAGUAAUUCACUUCACUGUGGCAACAUUACACAAAACCUUGCCAAGAGGAAAUGUGAGCUUGCUGACAGGGGCUUCUCAGAGCCUGAUGAGAUGAUGUCUGUUAGCCACAUCUUCUUCAAUGCAUCUUCCCCCCUGGGACAGUUUCCACGGACAAAGCCAGGACUGAAACCUGCAAACCCUGGGCUGUUGUGUAUAGUGUUACACCAAAUUUCAGGCACGCACUGUUGUCCAAUACAGGCCUGUCCUGAGGAAACAUCUUACACUGGAACAUCACUACAAUUCAAAUGUCAAGAAAAGUGGCAGCAGUUAAAUCAUUUAUAUAUAUCCUUUUCCGAGGAGGGAGGUUUACAGGCAUAUGCUACAUGACAAAUACAUUUUUAUGUUUGAAAACAUAUGAGUGCUGAGCACCCAAUAAAAUGCAACCAUUAUUCAUUGGAAAAAUCUUGUUAUAGUCAUAUCUAUUUCUGUUUCUGCACGGAACAAAUUGCUCAUGCUUCAGAUCACUAUGUUGUAUUUUUUACUUUUAUUUUAUAAGCUUCCCAUUUAACAGCAGCAUGUGCAGUGUUAAUUACUCAUAACAAUGUUUAGACCUUCUGUAUUAGCAGAUGAAGUGUAUUUAUAUUACUUGUGAUACACAAAAUACAGUAGAAAACAUAGCAUAACAAGCAGAAUUUUUGUAUUAAAACAUCCAAAUAAACCUUCAUUUUUAA